CUUUUUUUUUUAACGCUUCCCCCCAAAACCACCGAGAACUGAAGUCAGAACUCAGUGUGGACCGACAGCUGAAUGGACUCGCGUUAACUUUGCCACGUUCGCUCGUGUUUGUUAGAGAACGGCAGUGAGUUCGGGACAGACUGAGAGCGUUUCUACGUCAUGCCCGCUCGGAACCCGGAGUGCGGGGCGCGCGGCGCGAGCGGCUCGAGCGGCUCCUCGGUGCUGCGCUUCAGUCCCGCAGUGAGCUCGCGCUCCACGCACCGCCGCCGCCACCGCUCGGCCCUGCUGCCCUCCGUGCUCACGUUCGCCGUGAUCGUGGCAUCCGGAGGCCUGCUGCUGCUCAUCGAGAAGGGAUUGCUCAACGGCAUGCACACUCCAUCGCCUCUGGCGAACGGCAGGAAGCCCGAGUACCGGCUCGCGCCGCGGGAUCCAGCUGUGGACGUGGAAUCGCAGAUUUUGCAGGAUAUCCGUAACCGCACGAUCAGGGCGAUGUGUGGCCAUGACAACACAGCUCACAGCGUGUGGUCUCUCAGCUCGGCGCAGAGGAAAACCCUGCUGCAGCACAUCCUGGUGAACGAGAAGCAUCGCUUCCUCUACUGCUAUGUGCCCAAGGUGGCCUGCUCCAACUGGAAGCGAGUGCUGAAGGUGUUGAGUGGCGCGUUGACUGACGUCCACGUUCAGGUGAAGAUGGACCACCACGCUGACCUGCUCUUCCUCUCUGACUUCUCGCCUGAGGAGAUCCGCUACCGUUUGAGCCACUACUUCAAGUUCAUGUUUGUGCGUGAGCCGAUGGCACGCCUGCUCUCUGCUUACCGGAACAAGUUCGGUGAGAUCAAGGCCUACCAGCACAAAUACGGCACGGAGAUUAUCCGGCGUUACCGGAAAGGUUAUGCAAAGAAUAACCUGAAAGUAGCUGGGGACGACGUGACGUUUGCGGAGUUUGUGCGCUACCUGCUGGACGAGGACCCUGAGCGCAUGAACGAGCACUGGAUGCCCAUAUACAACCUGUGCCAACCCUGCGCGGUUCAGUAUAAUUUUAUCGGCUCGUACGAGAGGUUAGAGAGCGAUGCGGCAUACGUGUUGGAGCACAUCGGUGCGCCACAACACGUGCAAUUUCCUGAACGUCAGGCGUGGUAUAAACCUGUUACGAAGGAAACGUUGCAUUAUUAUCUAUGUACUGUUCCUCAGAAGCUGCUUCGGGAACUUUUGCCAAAGUAUAUUCUAGACUUUUCUCUUUUUGGUUAUCCUCUGCCCAACAUCACCACCGAGUACUGUCGACACUAGCAGAGACUUGACCUAAUAAUAGUCUUUUGUACAAAUGCAUAUCACAGCCGUUUCCUUUUAUGCAAUCUUUGAAGUUUCGGUAUUUUGAAUUACCUGAUUGAAUUUUCUUCUACAUCAACAAGAGUUUGUACAGAAUUGGGAAUAUAUUUCACUCUGACCUCUGAA